AUGGUGCCAAAGCAAAGGCGAAGGGUAUCGAAAGCGGUGAGCAGGCUCCGCUGCUCGUACGGCAACGACGUGAAACAACGUAGCGGUACAGCGUACAUUGCGCAGCUGGAGAUGAGAGUUAGACAGUUGCAGGCGGAACUUCGAACGAGUGAAUCCUCCCAAAGCGGCCGGCUGCUUUCAGUCCCUGACGCUGAUAUACCGGCUGAUCGAUUUACCGACUCUCCCUCGGACAUCGUGACAGAUUCUCGUCAUGUAAGCACAUCUGGUGCGCGAGAGCUCCUUGCAGCCCAACCUUCUCCAAUGGAUGUCAGUCCGUUCCCUGGAGAUCCUGGGGAUUCUUUCGAGGUCAGCGGCGCCGAGUCUCCAGUUGCCGGUAGCGGGCUUUCGCCAAUGGACGGCAGCUACAUUGCCUUUGAUGAAAAUGACGAUGGAGUUCCUUUCGUUAGCGAUGAUCACUUCGUCCCCGGCAGUGACGCCCCUGUUCUCCCUGGCGAGUCAAAUAUUUGGUCACCUGGCGUGGGAUUAAUAAUGGACGAAGAAGCUGACCUUGGAACGCUGAGCCUAAGUUUUGAAGAUGCCAGUUCGCGAAAUGGAUCUUGUUACUCGGGGACCUGGUCAUCGUCCACACUCACACAGCUUGCUUUGCCAUCUGCGGAGCUGACUUCUGAGCAAAUGCCAGCCUUCCCAACCUUUGUUGCUAACGGAUUCUAUUCCCCUCAUCAAUUCGAGCCACCAGUGGAGAAUCCAGGCCAUCUUACUCGAUUCGAGACACUCGAGCUCCUACAGCCACUUGGAAGUCAAAGCUCGCAGUCGCCAGAGGAGGGGUUGUUGGCCCACACGUCUCUUUCGCCACACGAGAAUGCCGGUGUAAGACCCUACGUUUCUUACACUUCUAAAUCAUGUACCACACCGGAAGCCAUCUUAGGUGCAAAGCAAACCUUACCUCGCGAUCCACAUCGCAGCGACGAUGACAAGUCCGACGAUAACGAUCCAACUCUCAAACGUCGUGCCACCGUACUAGUGCGCGAGCGAAACCGCCUCGUCGCUACCAAAUGCCGUUCGAAGAAGAGAGUCGCCCACGACCAGCUGGCGAGUGUCGCGCGAGAAAUGGAGUUCCAGAACCGCAGCCUGACAGAGGAGGUCAUUCAACUGCGACCAGAGCGGGUACGGCUGCUGGAGCUGGCUCUCAGGCAUGAUGCCGCUGCCGUCGACUGCACGUUUGGGCCAGUAUUGUCGGCUUGCGCUUCUUCUCGCUUUGAGAAGUCGUCCACGUGGGAGGGAAAUUCGGAAUGCACAUCGGCGCCAAACAAUAAUUUACUUGAGUUUGCCACUUACGCGUUCCCACAUCAUUGA